CCAUCGUUUGCAUCCGAUAAAGCCAUCAACCAUCCUUGACCGGCAGUGGACCAGCCAUCGGUGGUCACCGACUUGUAUUGUGUCGUCUCCCCUCGUGCCUCUUACGCUGUUCGCUUUCCCUUGACGCUUGUCGUCCUUGUUCUGCCUUACUUAGACUCGCCUCCGGCCUCACGUUUUUUCUCACUUUCUCCUCAUCUUCUCCCUCCCAUCUCUCUUCCUCCUAUUUUUCUCAAUCACAGAUCUUGUCCACCGUUCGAUCUUGUCCCCCAGUUCCAUACGUCAAGCCGUUGGAAGGACACGGGAACCGGAGAACAUCUCGUCGCACCCGCCGAACCCCCUUGGUUAUCCUCGAGCCUUCAAUCCAUCCGUGUUGUUGUGUUGUAGAGUGACAUUUGGAAGUUGAUCGUCAUGAGCGGCCAAGCAUCCAAUGAUGGCUCUCUGGCCGAGGUUCUAAGCUCCCUGAAACUCAUCCAGCAGACACAGUCCGACCUAGUGGCUGCUGUCGACUCAUUGAACCAUCGGUACCGGGAGCUGGCUGGUGAUGCCGAUGUCGCCGCACUUGGCCCGAGUCCGUCCCUAGGCGGGGUUCCCGAGAAAUCCCUGGCCCCCGGCCCUUCUGAUGUCGAUGCUGUUGGUGACUCGACUCCAAGCUCCACGUCCGACUUGACGCUGCAGGCUCCUGCUGUGCCCUCUUCGCCCAGUCAGCGAUCUGGUCUUACCUCACGUAUCAUUCUCACUACAUACCCGAAGCAGAUCGGCAUCAACCCGCUUCCUAUGAGAUGGGGCGAGUCGGACCCGCAUACCCGUGGCCCAGUUGUAGUCUCCCGAUCCUCGACCACAAUUGGGAAACGCAAUGCCGUCGGAGCACACGGUGGCUCUUAUUCCAUCUACUAUGCCCUGGCCGUUGCUAGCAAGCAACUCAACCUGGAACACAGACCCGACUUCACCAACACGGAGCCUGCAGCUAACAUCGGCCCCUUCCCUCAAUGGGGAGAUCCAAAGAAGAUCGUGGCCAUGGAUCCAUGGGGUCACCUGGCUCCUUGGCUCUUCAAAGACACUAUUGAGAAGCAAAACGUUGACAUUCGCCCGACAAUUGCCAUCACGAAGGCACACAUGAAGCUUCCUGAACUAGAGGAGAGUGUCAAGAGCGGGCGACUUGUCCCUGACGGCAAGGUCUGCCUCAACAAGUUCGGAGAGCUUGCUGUGACUAAGUUCGCCGUUGAGCCGGUUUGGUAUCUUCCUGGCGUAGCUGAGAGAUUUGGCAUCGACGAGGGCGCCCUCAGGCGAUCUCUCUUCGAGCACACCGGCGGCAGCUAUCCUGAGCUCAUCACCAGGAAUGAUAUCAAAGUUUUUCUACCACCCAUCGGUGGGCUUACUGUAUACUGCUUCGGCGACCCGGCCAAGAUGUCCGAUGAGUCGGUGCGGCUGGCGCUGCGCAUCCACGAUGAGUGCAACGGUAGCGAUGUCUUUGGUUCCGACAUCUGCACAUGCCGUCCUUAUCUCAUCUUUGGGAUUGAGGAAGCGGUCAAGGAGGCUCAGAACGGCGGCAGCGGUGUAGUCAUCUACUUUCGAAAGGAGGGCAGAGCCCUCGGCGAAGUCACCAAGUACCUCGUGUACAAUGCCCGCAAGCGGGGUGAAGACCGAGCGUCCGACUACUUCAAGAGAACAGAAAACAUAGCUGGAGUGAAGGACAUGCGUUUCCAGGCGCUGAUGCCUGAUAUCUUGCACUGGCUCGGAAUUCGCAAGAUUGACAGGAUGCUAAGCAUGAGCAAUAUGAAACACGAUGCUAUCGUAGGACAAGGAAUCCCUAUCCACGAACGCGUCGAGCUGCCCGAAGAACUGAUCCCGGCAGACUCUCGGGUCGAGAUCGAUGCAAAGAUCACCGCGGGUUACUUCACUGCCGGGAAGCGCAUGACGGAGGAAGAGCUGAGGGCUGUACAAGGCAGAAUGUGGGAAGAUCUUGAUCACUGAAUCUGUAUCAUCUUUCCGGAGGGGUAAACAGCCGGCCGGUUUGUCAACACAGCCAAAGGGACGUAAGACGAACUAUUAGUCGGGCCUCAGGUUGACGGUACUUCUUUACAUGCGAUUAUGACAACCCAAUGUAAGACGCCUGCGUCAUCGCCGGUUUCCGGAUAGAUGUGUCGAUGAAGGAGACGGAUAGGGCCUGCAGGUGGCUGCUGGCUACGUUGGAGGUACUGCAGCUGGAGUGUGCGCGUAUUGGUAACUAGGGAGUGAGUGCGGCGUAGCACACAAAUCACGACCGACGAGAAGUAAGUUGAUAGGAGCGGGCAGGUUACCGUUGGGGGUCAGUCCAACAAUCUGC